AUGCUGCUGCUCCAGUUCUACAGAGACCGGCUCCAUCGAGACCCGGAUCCUCCACAGACGGACUGUAAUCCAGAACCUGUAGAUCUGCUCCCUGCUGCCCACUGUACGAUCCAGAUCCAGAUCCAGAUCCAGAUCCAGGAUCCUACGGGGAGGACAGCCUUCCUGUGUCUGCAGACGUUCCAGCGCUUCGUGUCGGACUCGUUGAGAAACACCAGUUGGACUCCGGACGAAGACGUUCUGCUCAGAGAACUCGUGGACAAGAUGAGGAUCGGAAACUUCAUCCCCUACACGCAGAUGAGUUACUUCAUGGAAGGUCGUGACCCCGCUCAGCUGAUCUACAGGUGGAACCAGGUCUUGGACCCGAGCCUGAAGAAAGGUCCGUGGACCCAACAGGAGGACCAGCUGCUGCUGCAGGCGGUCUCUCGUCACGGGGAGAAGGACUGGUGGAAGAUCCGGUCUGAGGUUCCUGGACGCACUGACAGCGGCUGCAGAGACAGGUACUAUGACAGUCUGAAGGCGGGUACAAAGAGAGGAGGGUUCGACAAACAUGAGCGAGAGCUGCUGCUGCAGCUGGUGGAGAAACACGGAGUCGGUCGCUGGGCGAAGAUCGCAGCAGAGAUUCCUCAUCGUAAUGACGCUCAGUGUCUUCGCGAGUGGAGGAAACAGAUAAGAAAGAAAACUAGAAAACCACCAACGAGUUGUGAAGGACUGAAGGAGAAGGAGAGGAAGAAGAAGAAGAAGAAGGAGGAGAAGUUGGUUGCCCCAGUCAAGAAGAGAAUCAGGAAACUAAUAAAAGUGAAGGAGGAGGAGGAGAUGGGGGAGACCAGUGAGGAGGAGGAGUUUGUGAUGGAGUUCAUAGACUCUGAUGGAGAGGAGGAGAAAAAACGGAAGGGGGUAGUGGAAGCAUUAAGGGUUGAGGAGAAGGAGGUGGAGAAGGAGGAGGAAGCAAACGAGUACACCUUCUCUCCCAUACAGGAGUGGAUUCCAACAGAAAGAGCUCAAUGUUUCACCUUCCUGAGCUUUCGCCCGGUGGAGUUGCCUUCCUCCGGAGACGCCCACGAGGCGACACCAGUCCGGACGACCAUCCUGGGUGAUUGCGGACGCUCCGUAAUCAUCGGCCCACCUCCCAAAGAGCUGCAGUGGGAGCGGCACCACAGCACCAGCACCAUGAUGAUGGUGUCACCUGACCAGCUCCAAGCCCACCUGAACCUCCUGGGUCAAGUGUCAGACAAAUGGCUGGAGUACAAGCUGCAGGCUGCGGUGACUCCGUGGAUCGGCAACCUGCUGAUCCCGACAAAAAACAGACUGACGGUCGCCGACGCCCUGAGAGAGCAAGGUCAGAAGACCCUGCUCUCCUCCACAUCCGUCUUUCUGCUUCUCCUCCAGACCAUGAAUGUGGACUCUGUGGGCUGUAAGGAGAUGAUAGAGAAGAGGAAGAACAAGGUGGCAUUAUUUACACCACCUUCACACCGCUUCUCUGUCCAGAGAGUGAUCCCAAACAGCGUUGCACAUCUCCUGCAGCAGAAGGAGGCGAAAGAGGAACUAGACCUGCAGCACAAACUGAUCCUGACGCAGCUUCAGAAAAUGCAGCAACAGAAACAGCAACAACUGCAGCUCAAUCAAGCACACUUGCAACCGCAGCAAUCAACUGCAGCCUCAAUUCAGCAACUGCCAAUCGCAGCAACAACUGCAGCUCAAUCAGCAACUGCAACGCAGCAACUCAUGCUGCUGCAGCAACCUCCUCUUCCUUACCACCCAACAGUGCCUCAUCAGAAUCGCCCCAGCAUUCUCCUUCAGAUGCCCCCUCAGAUGUCAUUUCCUCCUGCAGUCUUCUUUUCUCAACAGCAGCAUCCCCCUGCCUCCAUCCAGCUUGUGCCUCCCUCUUGCCUGACCCCAACACCUCCCUGCAGACCUACGUUACCUGCACCUCUUGCUCCACAUAUACCAAAUGUCCCUCCAAUUUCUGUGGUCCCAGUGACCGUGAACGCCACAUCUACCUGCUCUACCUCUGACCGGCAACAAACUGGACCUCAAAACCUCACAGGUGCCCCUUCCCCUUCCCCUUCCCCUAACCAGCACGUUUCUAUUGAAUCCACCUCCAGCCAGCCUAGUCCUGCCCCCAGCCCACCUUGCUCCACCCCGGAUCCAAACAAAGGGAAGAGGCAAACGGUGGAGCAACAGGCUGUUUGCAGCAGUCAGAAUGGGGUGUAUUUGAGCAGGGCAGGUGAUGGUGUUAUUGAGAAGGGAAAGAGGAUCCGAAAGCUGAGUCUGAAGGCCGAAGCUCUGCAAGAAGCCAAGGCUGAAGUCGAGAAGAAAUCGUCUCCGUCUCCACAACAGAAAUCUCAGCGGUCUCGUCUCCAGAAUGCCGUCCCUGUUCCUCCUCAGCCAGUCUGCACUGCUCCCGUCCAGCCGGUACCUCGGACUCCUCAGUGGACUCCUCCCCCUGCAGCUCCUGCCACGGAAACUGAAGCUCAUUCAGUGCAGGAAGCUCCUCUUGGACUGGAUGUCGGUCCUGUGUCUUUGAACGCCACACCAGCCUGCUCUGAUAGUUUAACCCCACCCUCCUCCUUACCAACCAAUCAGCGCACUGAACCCUCCGCUUCAGUCUUACCUGCUCCUUUUCACAAAGAACAUGACUACAGCUUUUUAAAUCCUGCCCCUGCCCCCAGUCAAUCAAGCCCCGCCCCCAAACAGACAAAGCCCAGGCAGCGAAAAUCUGUCCCUGCCCCCAAAAAGACUCCCAGGGCCCCAGCCAGUGGGAAGAAACGAGGGAGGGGGAGCAGUCAGGAUGAGCGAUGUGUGGGCAGGGCAGAUGGGACAGUGGGUGGGGCAGGUGGGGCAUCAGUGGGUGGGGCAGGUGAGGCAUCAGUGGGCGGGACGGUUACAUGUGUGAUCCAGGAAGGAAAGAGGGUUCGGAAGCCGAGUCAGAGGGCGAGAGCUCUACAGGAAGCUGCUCAGGUCGUGGUAAGAGCUCACAGUUGGCAUAGCCCUGAUCCACCAAACUCCAUUCAGAAAACAAUCAUUUUAAAAGUUGUUAGCUCGACAGGCUGA